AUGGAAGAUUUUGCCACUUACAAAAGACGGCAUGAAGGAUAUCGAUGCAUUUGUGAAUGGGGCUAUAGAUCAACAACUAAUACAUCCAAUCCUUAUUGUGAAGAUGUCGAUGAAUGUUCAGCAAACCCAUGCUUUCCUGGCUCAGCGUGUAUUAAUGUUCCUGGAUCAUUUAUCUAUAUACUUCUGUACAAGCAACUUACCAUCGAAACUUCAUAA